CAAUCAUAAAUUGUCAGCCAGCAGGAACAGUCAGCCUUUGUGUUUUUACAAGGAACAAAGGUCAUUUGCUGUGUUGGCCGCGUCAGCGUGACAGGUGAAUAAAGGUUUAUCUCGGCGCCUGUAGAAGUACAGCAUGAUGCAGAGCUGCCGGCAGCGUCUCCUGCUGCUGUGUCUGACUGCAGCAGUAGCCAUGAAUAUGCUGGGAAAUACUGCUGUGGCUGCGAAAGAGGUUGCACCGCAGGGGGUCAAGAACCUGACCAACAUGGCUCUGUCAGUCAUUCCUCAUAAUGUCAACAGCUCUGUUGUUACUAAACUGGUGAUUGAGCGGAACCUGAUCACUCUGAAUGAGCUGGACCGACAGGCCCUGGUCAGUUAUCCCUUGCUGGAAGAACUCCACUUGGACGGGAACUGGGUGACUGCUGUACCAGCAAACUACUGCUCUGUGGUGCCACACCUCAGAGUGCUAUCGCUGUCCAGGAACAAUAUCAGUCGUCUGGAUCCUGAGGCUUUCUUUGGUCUGGACGACCUGACAGAGCUGGACCUGUCCCACAACCAGCUGACAAGUCUUCCCUCACAACUACUCAGAGGGAUGAACGGCCUAAAGAAGCUGAACCUACAGGAAAACCCCUGGAAUUGUUCCUGUCCGCUACUGAGCAGCAUUGUUGAGGUCACAGCAGCAAACAUCAGCAUCGGGGCACCUGGAGUCACCUGUGCUUUUCCAGAAGCGAAGGCAGGAAAGGAUCUUUAUGAGACUACAGCAGCAUGUUACCCGUCACUCACCUUCACUGCUGACCCACAAACACCAGCAACACCAGUUAACACGCAACAGUCUCGGACUACAUCCGCUAUGCUGAAGACCACACUGUCUUCCAGCCAGGACCAAAGCAAUGACUGGACCCCUGUGUUCGGCAACACGUGGAAGUUCACAGCGUGUGUUGUAGCCUUGGCGCUAACCACCUCCAUGCUCAUUGUGUGUGCCAUCAAGGGCCCCUCCUGGUACAAGCUCUUCCACAACUACCGACACCGGCGGCUAAACCAACAGGAGGACGACGAGGACAACUUCGCCUCGACGGUCUUCUCGGAGAUAGAGAGAUACCACAAUCAUCAGACAUUCACCUUCGAGCAUCAGAACGGGCAGACGGAGGAAGAGGAGGAUGGGUAUUUUGAGGAUCCAUACAUCAGGAGGGAAGAGUGACUUGCAGGAGAGGGGAAUUUACCCCUAACCAUGAAGAAGCACACAGUAGCUUCAGUCUCAAGAGGAGACAAAUCCCUUAUCGCACAAUACAAAAUCUGUCGCACCCAAACACUAGGUGUUUAAAUGUUAAAAUGUACAAGGCCAGAAUUCCCUAUUCCUGGCCAACAACUCAAACCUAACAUGUAAGACUCACUCCUGGUGUGACAUAAACAUAACAGGGGUGUGUAUUUCUUCUGUACAUUCCAAGUGGUCAUCUGCGAGAUGAGUCCUUGAGUUUGAAUGUAUUUUCAUAAUGUAAAUGUUUGGAAUAAAGCACAGCUGUAGACAUACACAGAUAGAUAAAGAAUCCAAUUUACUAAACUUUAAUCGUAAGUGGAAACAUUUACUGAAGUUGAGGCGGAGCAAUCUAAGAUCAAGGACACCAAGAUAUCUACAUUGGUUGUCCUUGAAAACUGUAUGUCGUAUUUCAUUUAGCAUAUUUGCGCUAGUCAUUUUAGCUUCUUGGUCUUGUUUAGAAGUUUUGGGUGACACUCAGGGAUUCUCUCUGCUGUUUGAUAAUAAAACCUUGUUUAACUUUGACUAAAUACUUACUCCCUCCUCUCGGUGAAGACGCUGUCGAUGCUGUCGGCCUCGUUGUCGUUCUGGGCUUUCAACUGGGAGGGAAUAGAAGAAGGAACAAUGGAAGAAAUGAGGUGAUUCUCCUCAUAUUUUCACUGAGGAUCAGUGUUUCUGACUGAAGGCGUCAGAAAAGUUGAUUUAAUGCUCAAACACUGUCGCGUACUUACAACUUCAUUGUCGUUUAUCAUGUCGUCCAUUUCUGUGUUGGUGUUGAGCUUGUCCACCAGCUGGAAAUACAAAUAAAGAAUUCACACAAAAUGA